CCUGUUCGAACCGCCCGCAACCUGCCUGCAACCUGCCUGCCGCCGCUCGCGCCCUGCAACUCUCGAACUUAUUGCCUGCCGCGAGCUCUCCCCCCGCCCCCCUUCUCCCUCCCGCGCCGUCGCUUGUAUGGUAGAGUCCUAGCUACCAUAUAACCUCCCGCUUUCUUUGGCUCGUUCCAGCGAAACACACACGAUGCCUCUUGAGAGCAUUGUUUUUACUCCAGUCGCCGUCUCUGCUCCGUCUACCGGUCUGAUCUGUCGUGGAAAGUCGGCUUCUCGCGCCCUGCUCUAGGAGCCUUCCCUCCCUUUCGGCAUUCAAAGCUUCGUAACGAUCCAUGUGGUUCGUUGCGAAGCUCGCAUCUCGAUAGGCACACGAUCUGUUCAGCACCCUCUCGGUUUAAUCGGUAGACGCCGCUUGACGGCGACUGGAGGUCGUCUGAAACACCUCCGCCCCCCUUAGCCCAACCAAGAUGAUGUCGGCCGGCAUUCACGAACCGCCCUACUCCAUCCACCUCGCCCGCAAUGCGCCAUACAACCUGCCGCUAGCCGCCCUGGCAUCAUCAUCUUCCAGUUCACUCUGGUCCGACGUGGCUUCUCAGCACUCCGACGACAGCGUCUCGACCGCGGCGACAUCUGACUCGGACUCGUCCGAUUCGCACUACUUCUCGCGGGCCCCGACCUCGUCGCAAACUUCGGUUAGCUCGCUUGGCAGUUCAUGCGAAUCCGCGAUUCACCCGCACGGCACCUGCGUCAAGCAUCAAGCCCAGGCGCAUGCGCAGGUCGAGCUCCCUGCCGAGUUGCGCCAGAACCCGCGGCGUACCGGCACGUCAGCCACUUCGCGCACCGGGCGCCCGCCGUCGCUCGUGCGGCAGGCCGAUCGGAAAGUCAGCUUUGUCGAGAACCUUGUCGAAACUUCAACCCACAUUGUGGAGGCUAUUUGGCCCACCUCAUCGGUGCCCUCGCGCCAUGAUGGCGGAGGUAAGGCCGUGCUUCCGCUCCGCAAGUUCAUCGAGGAGACGCUGCGACGCUCCAGAACCAGCUAUUCCACCUUGCAGGUGGCCCUCUACUACCUGAUCUUGAUCAAGCCGCAUGUUCCGGUGGCUUAUGACUUCACCACGGAGCAGCCCAAUGACUGUCCCUCAAGCCAGGCGAUCCAAUGCGGACGCCGCAUGUUCCUCGCUGCGCUUAUCUUGGCGUCAAAGUAUCUGCAAGAUCGGAACUACUCGGCCCGUGCUUGGAGCAAGAUAUCGGGCCUGAACACGCUCGAGAUCAACCAAAACGAGCUGGUUUUCCUCUUGGCGGUCAACUGGAAACUCCACCUCACGGAGGAAAUCUACAAGCGGUGGGCCGAUUGCGUGUCCAAUCUCACGCCGACUCAGCCUCCUUCUCCCGGCGGAGCUGCGCAGCAGCUGUACGAACAGCAGUGCUACGAAUUCCGCCGCAUCAUUUUGAACCUGACUCCCGAUCUGGAUAAUCUGGAGGACCUCGCUCCCUGGUCGCCGACUCGAACCCACACCCAAGAGCUACCCCCCAGGUCCCUCUAUACGCCUCCUGCGGAACGUGCCGGCGCUUUUGCGUCGGACGUCGAGCUCGCCACGCCCUUCAAGCCUCACGGACUUCCCGCCGUGAUGGAGCCCGUGCCGUCGAUGACGCAUGCAUCCGGGCGUCUUGCUCCAGCCCUCGGCCUUCUGCCAACGCCGCGCUUGACGCCUCAGACCAGCGGAUUCAGCACUCCUGCAGCGGGUGCUGCGUCCUCUGUCCUGGGACGGAGCUCGUCGAUGGGCUUUGCAAUGGCGCAAGCCUCGGCAUCAAUCGUGGCCCAGUCCAUGGAUCGCUGGCCGCCCUCGGCCGCAUCGUCUCCUCUGAGCUACGUCACUCGUCGUUCCUCGCUUGCCAACUCGGUCUCCACCGCGUCUUCCCCCGAAUCGAUGAUAUCGGAUUCUUCCCGGGUUUCGCGCUCCUCCUCGAUCUCUUCUGCUUCCUCGGUUAGCGCGCCGUCAACCAGAAUGGAUGUACAGGCGCGAUGCCGGUAUGGAAAGCCGUAUGGUGACAGGUUGAGCCUGAGGCCAGCCAUUGCUUCGGUUCCGGAAGACGAUGAAGCAGCGUAUCUGAUGGCAUCACCCGAGCCCUAUGCUGUCCCAACUGGGAAGGAAUCUUGCUUCGUGUCUUCAGACAUGCCGCUGGCGCGCGGAGAACGCGAGAUGGACGAUGCCGCGCGGGCACUCCAGGAAUUGCAACGCCAUGGUGCCGGCCGGCCUGCGGUGCAAGUCAAAGCUGGAUCAAAGCGGAGCCGGGCUCUCUCGAUGGAGAACUCGCUUCAGGACGAUGUUCGCGAGAUGCUCGCCAGCCAACACAAGAGCAACAGCUCGUGGCCAGAGACGAUGGUUCAUGUUCGUGCUGGGGCUUCCCGUCGAUCCUCCCAAGUGUCGGUCCUGAAAGGUAGCGGACACAAGCGCAUCUGCUGUUCGACUGAGGCGGCUCUGCCGCUCCGGAUCCCUUCCCUGCACCCUGCCGUCGGAGGAUACGGCGGCCCGGGGAUGUGGGAAGGGCACACCCUUGUUCUACUAUUGUUCUCCUGUAUCGUACCUUUUUGGGGCGUGGUGGCGGAAGGUGGUCUUGAUGAGUUCUUUGAUUCCAGUUACCAGCCUUGGAGACAUCUAGCUCAUAGACGGCUUAGAUGGCAGGCCAAGGGAAACGAGCGAAAAGUACGCUACGUUUUGGGUUUGCAUGCAUGGUCCUGGAUUAUGGGGACAUGGGCAUUGGGGGCGGGUGAAGGCGGAAUCUUGUCGAAUUCAUUGGGCAAAGCAGGUUGCUGUGUACGAUGAGGGGAGCCGUAUUCUUCUUUUCCUCUUCCGCCUUAUAUUCUGCCGUCUUUCGGUUAGGAGUUGAGUCUCGGCGUCCAGGCGCCCAGGAUGCCGACGAGGGAAAUGGGAAACUCUUCGGAGCGUAGUGGACAGCUCCUGGCAUCGGGUGGCGGGCUGAGGGCUGGAAAGCUGCUGAAGCCCUUCUCGUGUAUGGCCUGACGAGCGGCGAGGGGUCCGCAAACC